UAUUCGGGACACUGGGCAAGGAAUUUCUUCAGAGCUGACUUUGUUUUCAACAUAGAGCAAUAAAUUCAUGUUGAUUACUGCACCGUUCCUGAUUGAUUUAUAGUCGAGGCAGGACGCUCUUACAAUUAAGUCAGCUCUCACAACCUGCAUACACAUCUCGCGGCUAUCUGGUACUGUGACACUAUGGCUGAAGGGACACAGGGAGAAGACCCAGUUGUUGACGAGGGGCCUGCGGAGGCCGACGAGCAGAUGGAGAGUCCGAAUGCCGAGGCCGGGGGGGAGGAGCAACCGGUAGUGAGGCAAAAGGAGAGAGGACGUAUCCCCGCGGGUGCUGCACCAGGAAUCAGGCAGCGCAGAUUGGCGGCCGCAGACGAUGAAUGGUGGUUCGGCUCAACCGCAGGCCUCCCGGAGGAUGGUAAGGGACGGCGAUUGGCACCAAGUUUCACGGGCUGGAGGGAGCGCCGGAUGACUGGAGAUGAAGGAGAGGAUUGGAGCUGUUCCACGGCCCCAGGACAAUAUACGUUAGAUGUUCUUAGGGAACAAUUCGGGGAACGUAUAUAUCCCAAUACCAUCCGCAGCCCCAUUAAGGACAGCCCAACUUAUAUGUCCCAUUUCCAAAUGUCAAGCCCGGAGUUUAAAUUGCAGCCUGACAGUCGCUUCACCCCACGGGACCCAGUAGCAAGGCAAACCGGGGCAGAGCGCCCACGGUAUGGACUGAGUACACGGGGAGUGCGGGAGCACCCGGAGGGUCCUGAGAGAGAUGUGGAGGGACCCCUGGGAGUAGGGCCCCGUCCUGUGGCACGUCCAGAGGCGGUCCCGUAUGGUGGACAGGGGCCAGCCCCAUGGCCUCAGAAUAUGGUUUGGAAUCCUCCUCCAAUUGCGCUCACAUUUGACGGAGAUCCGGAUCGCCUAGCGGUAUUUCUCAGCCACGUACUUAACCAUCUAGACCGUUAUACAACCCUGUACUCAUCCAAUUGGGCGAGGGUGGUGGCGGUCACGGCUAGUUUGCAAGGGGAGGCUGCCGCUUGGGCUGCAGAUCUCUAUAGUGACCAGGCUAGAGAGUUAGCCGACGUAGGCCUUUUCCUCGAUGCACUGAAAACGAGGUUUGAGGACCCAACACGCCUACAACGGGCGGAGGCCCAGUUAGUGAAUUUGCGGCAAAGGGGCAGGCCAGUGCAGGAAUACAUUCGUGAGUUUCAAAAGGUGGCAGGGAAACUUAGAUCGUGGCCAGACAGCUUGUUAAUUCACCACUUCCGCAACGGUCUGGAUACCAACAUACGUCAGGCAUGUAUAAUCAGGGGAGUGGUAGGACGCCUGGCUGAUUGGUUUCGGGCAGCAGUAGAGUUGGACAUUGGGUUGAGGGAUCGUCCCGGAGGACGGGAGGAUAGACCCCGUAGGAAUCAGGAUCAACCUGUAGGUGGUCCCACGCAAACCAUGCAGGGUACGGUACGUCCAAAACCCAUUUUCAAAUGCUUCCGCUGCAACCGACCAGGCCAUAGGGCCGCGGAAUGUGGAAUCCCCGAGCCAAUAGGUACACCAACGGCGAUCGGCAAACCAGGCGCUACGCCAAAGAGAACAGUGGAGAAGUCAAGGGUCGCUUACCAACUGGGUCAGACUUCCAUCCAACAACCCCUCGAUGAUGCGUCCCCUGGAUUACAGGAACAUGAGGAGGAAGGACCGGUGGAGGACCCAAUGGUGAGUGAACCCAUCGUACCAUUCACCAUUCCGAUCACGUUGACAAGCCCGGUUACUGGGGGCCUUGUGGUGAGGGGAAGCAGAAUGUCAGACCCAGCAUGGAUCGUACCGGCGAAUUAAGUCCUCCUGCUGACGGCCCAUGGAACCUCCAGGCAUCCCGAACGAUCCAUUGUACUUCCAGGCGUUCCUGCGUGCGCGAGAUCGAUGGAGCCGUUACUAGGGUGUUGCCGGCGCUUCCCCAGUGACGUGCAAACCACGUGACUAACCAAAUGCCGAAGAGGACAGGGCAUAGAUUGAAACUAAACCAGACAGAAACGCCGAAAUAGAACGCUGGGUCUGACACAUUGUAGCUGUUAGGUGGAUGGGGGGGGAAGGAGAUGUACUUACAGCACUAAUCUAUUGAUUAGCGAUACUCUACAGAACCAAAAGCUGACACAAGGGGGAAUGGGGUGUGGUGUGGGUGGAGUAAUUGGGAUAAUUAGGGGGGUGUGGUGACGGUAUAUAUUCGGGACACUGGGCAAGGAAUUUCUUCAGAGCUGACUUUGUUUUCAACAUAGAGCAAUAAAUUCAUGUUGAUUACUGCACCGUUCCUGAUU